UUCUCUCUACUUCUCAUGACGGACGCGCAGUGGUCGCAGGGAGCGCAGGCACCCUCGCGAUAUCCGCUGUUUGAGCUCGCAGCCAUUGUUGGUGUUGCGUCUGCAUCGUCGUCGUCGUCGUCAUCGUCCUCGUCGUCCGUGGGAUUGGGCAGCGGAUCACCCGCGUCCUGGCAUCCGCACACACAACAAUCCUCGCAGCAGAAGCAGCCUGGGCUCGGCUCGCAGGCACCAGGGUCAGCCGGCGUCACAGGUCCUGGUUCAAAGCAGCAUCCGCCAUCAGCAGCCACGACGACGGCGACAGCGACGACGGCUUCUGCAUCGGGCUCGCUGGCCUCGUCGUUCGCGUCAAGCUUGUUCCGUCCUGCUGCAAAGACGGCAGUGACGACCGACACGAGCUCAGCCUCUGCUGCAGGCAGCGACCCAGCCAACGCGGGUCCUGGCGCGUCUGCGUCGUCAUUAGCCGCGUCGCUCGCCUCGCACGUGGCUGUUCGUCUUGCUGCAACCGUCACAACCACCAAACACACGCUGGUUGCGUUUGUCUGUUCGACGCUCUCCAACCAAGACACCCUCGUUGUUCGCUAUGUUCGCACUGGAAACCACCCGCUCGUGCGACACAUCCCUUGGACAAAAGACCCCAACAAGCGGAUUCUCGCCUUGGACAUUAGCCCCACGGCUGAAAGCGUGGUCUGCGUCAGCUAUGAUGUGUCGGUGCAUCUUAUUCCGGUCGUUGCACUCUUGCGCGAAGAGAGCCGCCAAAAGCAAUCAGAGCAACAGCAGUCGCCCGCCAAUAUGCCCGCUUUCGGCACUGACGCUUGGGACGACAUUGAUCUCGAUCCCGACACCGAAUGGAGCUCGCUCGCUGCCUUUGGCUCUGACGACACCUUUUCCGACACGGUCGUUGCGCCCAUUUCAUUGCUCAAGGCGAAUGAAACCGUUCUCGCCUCGUUUGGCGUGUUUGGUCCAGCAACAACAUCCUCCCCAGUCACUUCAAGCGAUAAGCGCACGGGCAUUGUGAGUACGAGCUGCGCGACCAAAACUGCUCGUCUCGGCGUUGUCAGUUGCUGUCUCUGGUGGAAAACAUUCAACGGCGACGAUAUCUGCGUUAUCGGGACCAAGCGUGGCUCAAUCUACUUUGUCAACCUAAACACACAAGUGGAGCAAGCGGCCGAGCGCAUCAAGAAGCCCAUCGAGCGCCUGGAGCUUGUUGACAGCGUUCUGGGACUGCCCGCUCGAUAUUUGCUCAUUCACGCCAUUCAGGCGCCCGUGCCAACCGGCAGUGCAUUGACUGCUGCGACGCCGCCUGCUUCCUAUUCAAUAGCCUCUCGGGAAUGUUUCAAACUCCUCUUGGAGCAACUGGUACAAACCCCCGUGGAAGCACCAGUCGGGGCCGAUAUGCGUCUCUCUGCUGCGCUGUCGAACGUGUUUGCUCCCUCUACUGCUGCUGGCAGUCACGGAACGGCUGCCGUGGAUGGAGCCAGCCACAUCUCGACCACUGCUGAAACUAUUUUGACCAACUUUGGCCAGCCGGACUUUACUCACUUUUCUCUUCGCACGACUGCGCAUUGGGAGGUGGUUGGCGUGCAAAACACACGCCAGGGGUCGCUCAUUGGAGUCCACUCUGGAGCGACAGGCCAGUACGACGUGUUUGACAACGACAUGAAAAAGUACUCCCUCUUCGUGUACCAGCUCUUCCCGGACGCGUGCCAGAUUCUGCUCACAGACAAGUUUAUCUUUGCGGUCGUUCGGCCUCGGCCGCCAGAGUCGCACACGCAGCGCUUGAUUGUCUUUUCGCGCAUUCUGGCCACGGCGACAGCGUCCAACAUUGGCAACUCGUCCAAUCUUGCGCGAGCUCGCGCCGCAGUCGUGCAAGAGUUUUCCAUUCCCGCCGACGAGACCGUGCUUCAUCUCGCCCGCGACUCGCCAAUCCCGUCCCUUUCUUCUGGACAAAAGCAACGCGAAGCGCUGCUGGCCUCCGGCACGCAUCCGUUGUCGACCACCGAGCACGAAGAAGCGACCGAAAGCCGCCUGCACCAGUUGAGUCUGGACCUGGGGCUGCUGCCUCAAAACGGUAACUUGACCCAGGCAUCGUACAGCGGCCGUGCAACUCCUGCCGGCUUUUACGACCAUGGACUCGAUGUCAGCGGCAUGACGAUUCAAGCAUCGGACUUUGGUUACUCGGGGGUUGUUGGGCUCCAACGCCAAAUGGAGGAGGAGGACAACCAAAGCCACAACAACCUGCUGUUGUUGAGCAUGUCGGUCAGCACCAGGCAGCUGAAUGGCGGAAGCAAUAGCUCCUUCUCACCAGCUGGGUUUGCUUCGUCCGAGACUGCCUCCGUGAAUGCGAGCGAGCACGAGGAUCCUGCCGUCGCGGCAAUGCUCGCAGAUGCGUUGGCAGGCGGCUCGCACGGUCUUUUGCGUCACGAUAAUGGCGUCAACUCGCCCGUGCCCCCUUCCGCCGUCGCUGGCCACUUGAGUCAUCCCCGAAACCCGGAGUUCCUUGGCACCUUUUCUUCGCAGCCCGUCGACGACGACUUUGCAAGGCCCAGGGUGCACGAAGACCUCACAACCGGCCUCCAAAUGGACGAAGUUGGGAUGUCCAGCUUCCAGCGCCGCGUUCAGCAGCAGGCCCAGGAGGCCUUGGCGAAUUUGCGGACGACAACGCUGGACGGCUGCUUUGUCGUCACCACAGGCCGAGUUUACCACUGUCGCCCGCGCGUUCCGCCAGAGCACAUCUUUCUCGGUUUGGUGGCGCAGCAAGUGGAUGCUGAGCCCUUUGGCAAAACCGUCGAGCUGGACAUGCAUGGGCUCUACGAGCUGGCCGCCGAUCAGUACUUUGCCCAGCUCGACUACCUGCAGGCCUUCCAGCUUUAUCAGCUGUCCAAUGUGCCUUUCAACAAGCUUCUUUGCCGGUUUGCGUGGGUUGGGCAGAUGGACUUGGUCUACGAUUUCCUGCAGCGCGUCUUGAGCGAUCCCAGCUCUCUCACAGCCAACAAGCGCAAGCAUCUCUCCGAUUUGCAGUUUGCGUGCUUUGUUCAGCAACUUUUGGCGACCAAGGCGGCCGGAGCGCUCGAGCGCCACGCAGAAGUAUCAGAGCAGUUCUCCAAGUACAUUACCGACAACUGGGAUUACGACCCUGGCGCUGCGCUCUUGGUGUUGAUUUCCCACGGAAUGCUUUCUCACUUUUUGCAAGUCGCGGAAACCAAGGGCCUCAUGACCCGCGCGCUCAACAUUCUUGUCAACCGCUGCGCCCUGCAUCUGGACGAGAAGGCCCAGGCGUUCUUGGACUCGCACGGCCACGCCGACGCCAUGAUUGCUUCGUCGGACGGUGUUUUGCUCCGCUGCUUGCCAAUUGACGUGCAGGUGCAUGUUUUGCUUUCGCGGCCGCAUCUGCUCUUGCCCGUCCUUGGUGAGCAGAGCACAGGCGCGAACGCGGGUGCAACCAGCACUGGCCACGGCGGUUCGGGCGGCGGUGGUGGGCUGGAUGGCGUUGGCGCCGCCUCUUCCCGCUCGUCCCAGUCGGCGUCGGUUUCGGCAUUGCUCUCGCCGCCUUCUGCGCUGAUUGCUGCCUCGUCGUCCCUGCCACAACUCUUUCGUGGCACAUUCAGCUGCUCGUCGUCCGACCUCCUGGCUUGGCUCUUGCCUCAGGUGCUGGAUCCCGACACGUUGAUUGAGGCAGCGCUGUUUUUCGACCCGUCUCGAGGCAACUUCCGCUCUCUCCUGCUUCUGGCUCGACAACACGCCGCCGCAGUGUCCGCCGCCGCCGCCGCCGCUGCCGCGUCCUCCACCGCAUUGGCAUUCUCCACUUCGACCUUCUUGGCGACGCCUCGCCAGUCGCUGCUUUCGGGCCGACAGUCCACGGCAUCUGUCGCGACUGUCAUCACCAAAUCCCGGAGCGAGUCCUUCCAUGACCCCACCGCAGUCCCCGACACCAAACCCACCGUCAUCAUGGAGUAUGUCGAGCUCUUUUUGCUCGCCAUGCUCAGCUUGGAUGCUCUGCGCAAGCGUCAAAACCAAAGUGCGGCGACACGCGACGCGAGCCGGUUUUCCGCCGACCGCUGGACGGCUUCGCAAAGCGGCGAGCAGCAGCAGCAACAGCAGCAGUCAUUGGCGCAACACAAAACCUUCCGGCCUUGGCGACGGGCCGCGUCGUCUGCCACCAUUACGGCGCUGUCGUCUGCUUCGCGCCGUCAGCGAAGGAUUUCGUCCUCGCUCGGACCCGUCGCACAGUCUCCCCCGCCUUUCGACCGACUCAAUAGCAGUGGCAUUUACGACGUGGUGGAUGACUUUGCUGUUCAGACCAACAGCGUCUUCCCCAUGCUCGCGACCACCCUUGAAACGAUGGGUGUCAGUGUGGCCGCGCAUUUUGCCUUCCAUAUUGAUUCGCUGUCGUCGCGGCUGCAAUCUCGCGCUCCGGCGCUGCUGCCACCCAUCACCUCGCCGUAUGUCAUUGCUUGCGGCUCCACCCAUGCAUCUUUUGUGUACGACGGCGACGUCUACACGUGGGGCAGUUCGCACAAUGGCCAGCUUGGCCACGGCGACAUGAUUGACGGGGUUGGCAGCUUACCUCCCGCGCGCUGCGAGACGCUCCAUAUGAACUCAAACCGAAUCGCCUCCAUCUCGUGUGGCGCAGAGCACACUGUCGCCAUCACCAACGAAGGCAUGGUUUACGCUUGGGGCGCGAACGGCUACGGACAGCUGGGCCUGGGUGACACUGACAAGCGCACCAAGCCAACCAUGCUCAGUCGACUCGAGCCUGUUGUGAUGCACGAGUCGCGAAUCAUCCAAGUUGCGUGCGGCUACUUCCACACGCUCUUUUUGACCGACAAGGGCGAGGUGUGGGCUUGUGGCUGGGGCGCGCAAGGCCAACUUGGUGUGGGCUCCACUUCCAACGCCCUCUUGCCCGUCCACGUCAAAAUCUUGGACAACAAGGGCAUCGUCGGCCUUGCUGCUGGGUUUUGCCAUUCCGUCGUGCUAACCGAGAGCGGGACCCUGUACGCUUUUGGAGGCAACUCGUACGGCCAGUUGGGUGCUGCUGGCACUGUUCUGACGUCGUUGACACCGUUCCCUGUUGCGGGGCUGGCUGACGUUCACGUCACGUGGAUUUCCUGUGGCACCUUCCAAACGGCCUGCGUUGGCACGCCCCGUACAACCGUCGCAUCGCUUGAGACGUCAGAGACAGCAGCGACCGCAGCCAAAACCAGCGCUUCCAGCACACCCGCUGCGGCUCCUCGAGCCAGCAGCAGCAGCACCGUCGUUUACACCUGGGGCAAGGAUGCUCUUGCAACCUCCAACAUGACCCCUCUCCAACAGUACUACAAGAGUCGCCUGAAGAACAUGCAACAGUCUCCCUCCGAUCAAUUCCCGUGCCGCUUUGCUCCCGAGCAGAUCGAGGUCCCCAUCGUGAGCCAAGGUGUCAGUCAUCCAUCCCGUGGCACUUCGGCGGCAUCUGCCCAGUCGACGGCCGCCUUUGGGAAUCGCAUGGCCGGCUCUGCCUUUGCCACUGUCAGCGGAGGCAUUCCGGCGGCGCUUGCAGCGGCGGACGAGCACGUUGUUCAGGUCGUUUGCGGCGAUUGGCACAUGCUCAUGCUGACCUCCCGCGGCUCGGUCUACUGUCUCGGAGCGAACGAGCACGGCCAGCUUGGAAUCAAUUCCCUGCGUCCUCGUCAAGAAAUUCCUAAACGCAUUGGCGCAUUCGACCACGUGCCGCCAAUCAUUGCCCUGGCCGCGGGUGAGGACUUUAGCGCUUGUGUGGAUGCAGCUGGCCAGACAUGGAUUUGGGGUCGCGCAGACAACGGCCAGCUUGGGCAAGAAUCGACGCCGAACGCUUCUGCUUCUUCUGGUGCCACUACUGCCACCCCAGCAGCCAAGUCUGGCAUGGAGGCUGCCGUUGCUGAGGCUGCCAUUCCACGUUCCUUCACUCCCGAGCGAUUGUUUGGCCUGCCCCCAUCGCUCCAGAGUGGAUACCACCGGUCUGGUGGGAUGCUGAGCGCGUCCUCUGUCGCGUCGUUUAGCAACACGGCAAAGACCGCUCCCGGCACUCGCUCCGACUUUGGCAGUCUGACCACGCCUGCACUGCGCCUCGCGGCGAUGGAUUCCGACAUUCUUGCCACCUCCGUCUCGUACCCAGCAGCCGGCGCGCCGGACGUGGAGGAUGAAAACCUCCUCUUCACUGAGGAUGAGCGGCGGCUCCUGUCGUACCGCACCAACGCAGCUUUGCCAGAUUUCCUUUCCCUCACGGUGCCUUACAACCACGAGUGUUUGUUGGCCUGUUUGCGCCUGCUCCACCCUUCCUACCGCACAACUCACAUGCUGCAGCUGUGCAUGGACUGGGCCAUGUACGAAGCGGCUGCCGUCAUUUACGAGACUGUCUGCGAUUGGCCGUCUGCCUUUGAGUGUCGACUGCGCCACAUUGAGGAGGUCGCGUUUGAGGAGGCCUCUGCGACCAUCCCGCCAGCCCAAGUUGUGGACCUCGAGGCGUGGUCUGUUGCCUGCUUUGAGCGCUACUGCUCGCUGACUGUUCUUUCCGGCAAAGAUCUGUCCGAGGCGAUUGCUUCGCUGAGCGAGGCUCAGCAGGGCUCUGACGAUGCCCAACUCAACCAGCUGCGCCAGUUCUUUGUCCCCAAAACGCAAAUCUCCAACCACACUUUAUCUGCUACGGACAGCUUUGAUAUUACGAGCGUUUCGCUCAUUAUUCACAUGCUCGUGUUUUGGAAGCGGCAUGCGCUCCCUCUUGCCAGUCUUGAGGGUGUCUUCCGUCGGCACAUUUCCCUUGUGGCCUCACCCUUGGUGAUUUUGUUUAUUCGACUGAGCGCAUUCGACGCUUUGCGACCACCAGCAGCAAACUCAGCAGCCGCAAACGCAGCAGCAGCAGGAGGGUUGCAAGAGAACGGCGCUUCUUUGGCAGAAACUGGCAAUCAAACGUCUUCCGAUGUGAUUGCCGCAGUGCGUCGAGCGCAUCAAGGGUUUUCUGCUCACUUCCAUGUCGCUCUUGCACAUGCUGUCGUCGCCAAGCUCGCCGUCGCAUCCGAUCGGCUGGCUGAAAACGUGCGCACGGUGACACUGCGCGGCGUCGGCUCCAGCUCCGACGCAUCAGGCCAACAGCAAGCCCCACACGCUGAUUUGAGCACUCUCCAGCGGAUGCUCCGAGCAAACCCGGCAACCGAGCAUGGUCGUGACGGCAGGCCCGCUGACACUGAGCGUGGUGACAAGCAGGCCAAAGGCUCCGCUCACAUUCCGCAGGAGCGUUUGUGGGCGGAAAUUCGCCGCAAUCUGAGCAAGGAUGUCAAACAUCGACUCAAGGUCGAAAUCAGCUCGCAAGCCUUGUUCAACUUGGAGCAGGCCUUGGGUUCCGAUGCAGCGCCCCGAUCACGAACCGGCACGAUCGACGAAAAGGGGUUCAGCACCGCAAGCGGCAGCGGCGUGACCACACUGUCAUCAGCCGGUGCCACCAGUCUGGCAAGCAAUGGCAUCAAUGCACCGACAGACCGCGACGUUGUCGUCUUCACCUGCGAUCACUGCUUCUCGCGCCGCAACCUCAACGACACCGUGCUUCCCGAGCUUGAGAAGCGCCUGACGGCACUUGCGUCGUUCGGCAAAGGCUCGAUCACCGCGCGCUUGAUUCUCGCCGAUUACCGACUUGGCCUGGUCAGUUUGGCGUGUCCCAUGUGUCUGUUCAAUGCACUUCGCAUGGAAGUGGUCAACAGUUCAAGUUCGAUGGCCAACAUUCCGAGCGUUUGGGUGUUGUCACUUUAUUGAGCCAGCCACAACAAUGCUGGUUUGUUUUGUUUGUUUCGCUUUGCUUUGUCACCGUGUAUUUUUCGUUUCUUCAUGAAGAUAAUAUUCCACUUGAUGCA